CGUGUGUAUGUGUGUCUGUUUCUGAAUGUGUGUGUAUAUAGACGCAAAGUUUUUUAGAGGUGUCUUCGUAAGAGUGUUUCUACCUACAGGCUUCUGCAUGUUAAGAUUUUGGCCAAUUUGGAGAGUUUAUAGGCAGAGUAAGCUGAAAGGUGUAAAAAGAGCAAAAAACUGUGGAUCUCCUAGUCCCAUUCUUGUGGUUAGUUUGCUAUGCGCUGUGCUUAUUUUCUGAAGAAAAUAAGUGUGAAUGUCGUACUGGAUCGUCCUGUGAGUCUGACAGUGACGUUUCAGUUUCUGGGUAAGACUGGGUGGAAGCUCCUGUAAACGGGAAAGCAGAGGGUCAGUCCUUACGGUUGAGCGUGUGCAAAUCAGAUAACAACUGGCCUUGAAAAUGCCACACCAUCACUUGUACCAGUCUUCCCGCCUGUAACAGUUUAUUAGGAAGCACGCAGUUGCUGAUCCCAAAUAAACACGUAACGUAACGCACGGCUCUGAGCAGGGUUUUGAUUCAGCGUGUCCCGCUUGGAGGAGGCGGUGGUGGCACGGGGUCACGGCGGGGAUGGUGGCAGGAGGAACCCGGAGUUCUCUUCUUCUGUUAUCAGGCCAGCCCCAGCACGUCCCUGCUCCUUAUCAGCCCUGGCAGAGCUGGGUCCUGCCGUGCUGAGCCUCCAUACAUCCUGCCCCUGGUGCUAUAGGGGCCAGCCCUGCUGCCUCCGGUUUGCACGUAAAGACGGGCUGCGAGGCACGACGUUAGAUAUGUGGACAAGGCAGGACAGCUGCCGUAGGCACAGCGAAGAGGGGCGAUGCUGGACCUCAUCAUUCUCAGCCUCCAUUUCUUCAUCUGCUUUCUCAUCUCCGUUGCGAUCUGGUGUGGACGAAAGGAUGUGGAUUUGUGCAGCUCAAGCACAGGAGCAGUUGGGAUGGAGCCAGAUGGUCUUAUAUUGAUUGGCAAAGAAGAUGACAUAAAGAAGUCCCGAAGAGUAACAGCCAAAGUCAACGGCAGAGAAGUUGUUGUUUUCUACCAUGAAGGGAAAUUUCAUGCUAUGGACUCUCGCUGCUACCAUGAAGGAGGCCCUUUACGUCUUGGAGAAAUAGAGGAUAUUGAUGGUCAAGCAUGUAUUGUUUGUCCUUGGCAUAAGUAUAAAAUUACUUUGGAAACAGGAGAAGGAUUAUAUGAAGGAAUAAACCCUUUGGAGCCAUCACCAACACCACAGUGGCAAUCCAAAGGAGUCAAACAAAGGAUUCAUAAAGUCACAAUAGACAAUGGAAACGUUUAUGUGAGUCCUCCAGAUUUGUCUGUAAGCUUUGACUCAGAUUAUUUUGCUGACAAGUACAAAAAUAGUGGUGAUUUAGCUAUGGAAAAACAAAGCAACUCACAAGCAGCAGAGUAAGUCACAGCCAGAAAGCAGAAUCCUGGUGAAUGCCCCAAUGGAGAACCAUUGUCGUGAAAUAAAAAUGUACUAUGGCUGUGAAGAUUGUCUACAGAUUAAAUUCUAUUCUUAAUGUUAUGUGAAAGCAUUGAAACACGUAGAAUUCAGUAAGAUAAGAAGCUCUGCAUUGUCAGAAAUGCGACUGAUCUUGUGCCAAUGAUUUUAUUUUUUUAACUUGCAUUUCAAAAAGACUUGUUUACAGCAGAGUGCUUCAUAAUAUUUAAUAUUUUAGAAAUCUGAUUUUGCUAGAAUUGUUUUAAUUUUUAGGAGGGAAUGUAGUAUGUUACUGCUUAUAAAACACAUUACACAGUUUAAGGUAAAUAGUCAGGUGUAAAGGUUAUGUUUAUAUACUUAACAGUUUAUACUUAUAAUGCCUUCGGUAUAAAUGACAUGGAAAUGUUUAACUCUUUAGAUAUGUGAGCAAUCUCUGGAUGUUUAGUAAGUGCCACAAAGAGAAGUACAAAGCUUGAGCACAUUUUAGUGACCUUUUUUAUGCCUAUUUGUGUAUUACUACCAUGAGUCCAUAGAAGUACUGAUUUUCCUUCUCCUCAUUGAACUGCUUUUGGUAGUUCAUCAAAUAAUGUGAUGAGCAUUUGUCAUGUAUAGUUUGUUCUCCUGAUUCUGUUGGAUAAGGAAGAAGCUGUUGGGUAUAAAAACCUGAUACGUAAUGUAGUGGCUCUUGUCUGUUUGCUUUUAUUUAUUGUAAAUACAUCCUUAUACAUUCAUUUGAAAAAGCGUGCUUUCUAUUUAGAGCCAAAAGUUAGGUUUCUCUAUGUGCGUUCACAGUCUAAUAUCAGAUCUGCCCCAAUAACCCCUCCAAGAAAGUUCCCCUCCCUGCUGUGCUGGGUGAGGGCAGGAUGGGCUCUGGGACACGGUGGGUCCUCCUGCCCAGCCCAUAGGGUCCAGGCUGCAAAGAUACUGUGUGAAUGCUUAACAUUGCCUUGCACGGCUGCAGCUGCGUGGCUGCAACUCUUUGGGGUGCAUUUUUGGGUGGUUUGUUGGCUGUUUGCAGAGUUUGGUCACGAUCAGGUUCAGUUUGAAGUUGCCUGGUCUUCAUCUGUAAGUUCCUCUUGUGCAUGCGGUGGGUUGUCUUGCUUUUAAUGGAUGUGAAGGGUAGGUAGGUCUGUGUCAACACCAUUGUUCAUAUAAAUGCAUUUAAAAGUAGUGAGGCAUAGGGAAGUAUCAGAGGAAAACAUCUGUGCCCAACUGAUCACAAUGAAAAAAGCAAAGCACACAAUCAAUUAAUUUCACCGUAUUUAAAUUUAGAUCUCCACCUCUGAUCAUGCCUCCUUACAUUGUUUUCAUGGUUGACAGGGAGACGUGGCACCUUCACAGUGCCAUUGAGAUGACCUGUUUCAGUUUUCUAUUUUAUAAGGACUACAGCACAGAAAUGCUUUCUUCCUCCUCCUCCUCUUCCUCUUGCUGGCCACUUAGCCAGUGCCGAUGAGAUCAGAUGCAAAUGCCUGCCUUCUGAAUCACGUCUCGAUCGUCCGCUAGGAAAUGCUGUUACGUACUGACCAGUUCUGUGGGGGUUUUUUGUUUGUGUGUUUUCUUCGGUUUUUAAAGGAAUACAUAACCUUCUCUUUCUCACUCCUCUUGCAGCCACAGGGUAGAUGUCAGGAAGGUGAGGCAGGUGGGGAGGUGACACAGCUGAUACUCCGAGGGUCCGGAGCACGCAUCCCUUUGGGCAGCGCAGGGGGGUUUGGAGAAUUGCUUCGCUUCCCUCCCUCUUCACCCAACUACCUGCACCUGCGAUGAAACUUAACCAUGGAUGUCUUGUCCUAUUGAAAGACAUGGAUCAUAUAAAAAAAAAGUAGUAUAAGAUCUUCAGAUAUACCUGCAUUGACUCAUGUGGUUGCUUAGAUAGUAUUUUUAUUUCUUUUUUUUUUUUAAUGUACCGCAUUAAUAGAAAUGGACUAUUUAAAUAAAUAAAGAUGCAGUUCAGUUUAAGAAAGUAUCAAUUAUGAGUAAUAGGCUGUUACAUGUAUGACAUUUAGUAGAAUGUUAGUAGUAGGAGAUUUUGUUUGCAAGUUUCAUGAACAUGUUCAUAUUUGUGGAAGAAUGGUCAGGCUUUUUUAAAACUGCAUUUUCUGGGUAAAGUCCAGCAAAGUGUUUAAUCAUAUGUUUGCUGUUAAUCAUAUGAAAUCAGUAGAGCUGCAUGUCUAGGCUUAGAUAAGUCCCUUUUCUUCAGUACUUCUCAAUCAUAAUAACUAUCUGCAAGCUUUUAAGGUGUUUUUUUCUUUUACUUUAAACAUGUUCUUAUUCUCGGGAGGAUCGCAUUGAUUUAAUAUCUACAGUUUGUCAGUUAGUUUGCUUUCCCCACAAUUUUCUCAUUGAUGAUCACAGAAGGAACAGAGAAUUAUUAACUCAGGUGGCUGUGAACAAAGGAGAGAGAGUUGGCUGGCUGUUAGAUUCUCUUUUUUUUAUUAUUUUAUUU